AUGGCUGGGUCUCUUCUUCAAUCGACGAAUUUCAAUGCUCUUCUAUCCGGCACAAGUCAUGGCAGUAAACAAAGAGCCUCUGGAGUAUCCAACAGAAGUAGUACUUUCAAAGUAUCAUGUAGUCCUGUUGAGAUGCCAGGGUUGAGAAUCUCAGCAACGCAAUCUCUGACAAUAGGAGGUUUUAAUGGACUUGGAAGAAUUACUUCUAUAGAUAAAUUGGCAUUCUCUGGCCAUGAUUUUCAUUCCAAGGUGGCGACAUCAAUAUCUGCACCUCCUCGUGGAAGAGGCAGUCGGUGUGUUGCUAGAGCUAUGUUUGAGAGAUUCACAGACAAAGCAAUCAAAGUUAUCAUGGAAGCACAAGAUGAAGCCAGAAAGUUGGGUCAUGAUAAAGUUGGUACUGAGCAGAUUUUGUUAGGGCUUAUCAGUGAAGCUACUGGAAUUGCUGGAAAGGUCUUAAAAUCUAUGGGAGUCAAUCUAAAGGUUGCUCGUGUCGAAGUGGAAAAGCUCAUUGGAAGAGGUACUUGUGGGUAUGUUGUCGAGGUAGCCUUUACUGCUCGUGCAAAGCGUGUUUUGGAACUUGCAGCAGAUGAGGCACGCCAGCUUGGGCAGAAUUAUAUUGGCACUGAGCAUUUGCUGCUUGGUUUACUUGGUGAGGGUGAAGGUGUAGCUACUCGUGCACUUGAAAAUCUUGGAGCCGAUCCAAGCAACAUUCGCAAAGAGGUUAUCAGGAGGGUUGGUGAAAGUGCUGAAGCUGUAGCUGCUGGCAAGGAAGGUGGCAGCGCGAACAGUAAAAUGCCAACACUUGAGGAGUUCGGGACCAAUUUAACAAAACUGGCCGAGGAGGGAAAAUUAGAUCCUGUUGUUGGAAGGGCACUGCAAAUAGAGCGCGUAAUCCAAAUUUUGAGCAGACGUACAAAGAACAACCCUUGCUUGAUUGGAGAACCUGGUGUGGGCAAAACUGCAAUUGCUGAAGGGCUUGCUCUGCAAAUUGCCAAUGGUGAUGUACCAGAAACGAUCGAGGGAAAGAAGGUUAUCACCUUGGAUAUGGGUCUCCUUGUAGCUGGUACAAAGUAUCGUGGAGAGUUCGAACAACGAUUAAAGAAGUUAAUGGAUGAGAUUAAACAAAAUGACGAUAUUAUUCUGUUUAUAGAUGAAAUACACACUUUAAUUGGAGCUGGUGCAGCUGAAGGUGCAAUUGAUGCAGCAAACAUUUUGAAACCAGCUCUUGCAAGAGGUGAAUUGCAGUGUAUUGGUGCUACCACACUAGAUGAAUACAGAAAGCAUAUUGAGAAGGACCCGGCUUUAGAAAGACGAUUUCAGCCAGUGAAAGUGCCUGAACCCACCGUUGAUGAGGCCAUCCAGAUUCUGAAAGGUCUUCGAGAAAGAUAUGAAAUUCAUCACAAGCUUCGUUAUACAGAUGCGGCCUUAGAAGCUGCUGCAAGAUUGUCAUACCAGUAUAUCAGUGACCGCUUCCUCCCUGACAAAGCAAUUGACUUGAUCGAUGAAGCUGGUUCUCGAGUUCGACUUCGUAAUGCUCAGAUGCCCGAGGAAGCCAGACAACUUGAGAAAGAGCUCAGGCAAAUAAUAAAAGAGAAAAAUGAGGCAGUUCGUGCCCAACAAUUUGAACAGGCUGGCGAGCUAAGAGACAGAGAGAUGGACUUGAGUGUCCAGAUCACAAAUGUAAUUGACAAGGGUAAAGAAUUAAGCAAGGCAGAGAGUGAGUCAGGUGGUACUGGCCCUGUUGUAACUGAUGUUGAUAUUCAGCACAUUGUUGCUUCUUGGACUGGAAUCCCAGUAGACAAAGUCUCUAUCGAUGAAUCCGAUAAGCUCCUUAGAAUGGAAGACACACUCCACAGAAGGGUCAUCGGGCAAGAUGAAGCUGUUAGAGCUAUAAGUCGUGCAAUCCGUCGUGCGCGUGUUGGACUUAAAAACCCUGAUCGUCCAAUUGCCAGCUUCAUAUUCUCUGGACCUACUGGUGUUGGAAAGUCAGAAUUGGCCAAGACACUGGCAUCUUACUAUUUCGGAUCUGAGGAGGCUAUGAUUCGUCUUGAUAUGAGUGAGUUCAUGGAGAAGCAUACUGUCUCCAAGCUUAUUGGAUCUCCACCAGGUUAUGUUGGGUACACCGAGGGUGGUCAAUUGACAGAAGCUGUUCGGCGUAGACCUUACACAGUUGUUCUUUUUGAUGAGAUUGAGAAGGCUCAUCCUGAUGUCUUCAACAUGAUGCUUCAAAUUCUGGAAGACGGGCGAUUAACUGAUAGCAAGGGUAGAACCGUGGAUUUCAAGAACACGCUUCUCAUAAUGACGUCUAACGUCGGAAGCAGUGUGAUUGAGAAGGGAGGCAGGGGAAUGGGUUUUGAUCUAGACUAUGACGAAAAAGACAGCAGCUACAACAGGAUCAAGAGCCUCGUGCAAGAGGAGCUGAAACACUAUUUUAGACCAGAAUUCUUGAAUAGAUUAGAUGAGAUGAUUGUUUUCAGGCAGCUAACAAAGUUGGAAGUCAGGGAGAUUGCGGAUAUAAUGCUCAAGGAGGUGUGUGAAAGACUGCGCACAAAGGAAAUAGAGCUUCAGGUUACUGACAGGUUUAGAGAUAGAGUGGUUGAUGAAGGAUACGACCCAAGCUAUGGGGCGAGGCCGUUGAGGAGAGCGAUUAUGAAGCUUUUGGAGGAUAGCAUGGCAGAGAAGAUGCUGGGUGGAGAGAUUACAGAGGGAGAUUCAGUCAUCAUAGAUAUAGAUGGUGAUGGGAAUGUCAUAGUCCUCAGCGGUACAUCGCCACAACUGGUGUAA